AUGCAGUCCGGUGGCCUGCUGGAGCUGCAGCAGCAGGUGGAGUCACUGCUCGGGACUCUGGUGAAGGCGGCCGCGGUGGAGUUGACCAAACUGUUCGAGAGCACGUACCUCUCUACGGCUGCAAACACGGGCCGCAGGGACCUCAGUAGCGGAAGUGUGAAGGCAUGUAACCCGUUAAAGGUCUCCGAGGGUAAACAAAGUGUGGGCGUACAAGUGAACGUGGUGGAUUGUACAUCGACCGCGCGACCUGACCCCUUCUUGUGCUUAGAUGACUCUGGUUUUAAAGUGGACGGGCUCACGCCUUCAGGGUUUCUCCUUACAGAGGAGGAUGAAGCCCCCAUAGACCCCCUCUGGUCAGCCGUGAAUACACUGCAGGAUGGUGUUGAUCCUGGGGAUUUGCUGCAGAGUUUACUUGAAAUAGACACUAUACCGCCAAGUCAAUCCCAGGGAGAAUCAUACAUGAAAAAUGAACAUUCAGAAGAACACAACGUGUCUACUGACAAACACCUUGAAAGUCCACAGCGGCCUUCUACUAAGAAGAAGAAGUAUGUGAUCCAACCUAGUGUAAGUGACGGCACAAUGAACCAGACCAAGUUUGUUUGCCCAAUAAUCCUCAAGACCCAGUCUCCAAAAGCAGAAGUUCAGAGCCCUGAGCAGUCUAGUCAAGCUGAACCUCAACAAGGCAACGUGAGCACAGCUAAAGGCAAAGCUUACAGCCCGUCUGUGUUUGAUGGGACCAUUACCCCGGCUCAUGCAGGUGUGUCUCAGAAGAACCAGCAUGUGAUAAAGAUGAACUCUCUGGAUUUGAAAUUGCUAACGCCAUGUGCAGUGCCACUGGUUGAUGUGCUGUCUGUGCCUCUGGACUUUCCUAAGGAUGCCGUCAUGAAUCGCCUCUUGAUCACUAAAUGCCUGGAGACCAUUAUGGCAAACCCUGGAGAGAACGAGAGGCUUCAGCUGGCUCUGUUGUUGACUUGCCCGGUGUGCCAGGACAUCUUUACGGACCCACGCCAGCUGCCCUGUGGCCACAGCCUUUGCCUCGCCUGUGUGCAGCGGAUGAUCGACCACACCUCAGGAGUCCCUUUCCGCUGCCCAGACUGCAGAGCCUAUUUUGGACCGGUGAUAGAGGUCCAAAACAACUACACUCUGUCUGGUAUUGCAGAAGAGUACAAGGGGAGAAAUCAGGAAAUCAAAGAGGAGGUGAAGGUUUUCUGUGACUGCUGUCCUGGGAACACCACUCUUGCUUCUAAAACAUGUCUGAAGUGUGAGGUGUCUCUGUGCCCCACUCACCUUCGGUCUCACCAGGAGCUGCCGGUUUACACGGGGCACGCCUUGGUCGAGCCUCUGAGUGACCUCCACCAACGCAAAUGCCCCCAACACGACGACCAGGUGCUGAGCUACUACUGCCGCGUGACGGGCCGCUACAUCUGCAACCUGUGCUCCCUCAAGACCAAGCAGACAGACCUGGCAACGCAUGCCUGCAACGUGAUGAAGGCCGAGCUCACUCAAUACAUGGACGGACAACUUAAAGUUCUUCAGGAAAAGCUGUCAGAAUCUACUGCCUCCGUGAAUAAGCUCCAAGGAGAAAUCAAUGAAGAAAGGAAGAGAAUGAACUCUUUCGACUCUUGCUUUAAUAGCGUCACCAUCGUCCUACUGUGUUUGUGGUUCAUAGUUCUGUAUUAUGCUUACAAUUACUCUUCAGAGAACCAGAAACUACACGACAAGUGGGAGAAGCAGGAGAAACAUGUGCAGAAAAUGUACACCACAAUAGCAGAUCUGAAGCUGGACCAGGAGUAUUCAUGCAGAUGGCAAACUCCAGUGAACAGUCUUGAUGAAGAGAGCCUGAUGCUGGACCUGGAUAGUGUGAGUCCGUUCCUCAAAGUGUCUGAGGAUCUGCAGACCGUGCAGCGAGUAAAAACCCGGCUGGAGUAUCCCAACAGCCGACAGCGCUUCACAGAGGUCCCCCAGGUCAUCUCCUCCCACUGCUUCAGCUCCGGCACACACGUUUGGGAGGUGGAGGUCAGCGGCUACUGGGAGAUCGCUGUAACUUUCAAGAGCAUUCAGCGCAAAGUCAAAGAGACCAGUUCGUUUGGAAGCAACGCAAAGUCGUGGAGCCUCACACACACGGAUAAAGGCAAACUGUACGUGCUUCACAACAAAGAGAAAACUGCUCUGGAGAAAAGUCUGAGGUCGAGCCGGAUAGCGGUGGCUGUGAGUUUCGUGAGAGGGACCAUCGCCUUCAGCUCGGAGGGAGGCGCGGGGACCAAGCUGUACGAGUUCAGUGAGACUCAGCUGACGGAGCCCCUGUGCCUCGGGAUCGGAUUGUACAGAGCCGACCUCUCCAGCUCUGCCUCCAUCGUGAAGGCGUUCAAGAUCAAAGAAACAUAA